AUGGGGAAAUGUGUAUAUUUAAAACCAAUAUUUAUUGUUCUAUUAAUCUCUACAGGUAUAAUAUAUAGGAAAAAUGUCUGGUCAUAUGCCCAUAAAAAUGAUUUAGAAACAACUCCUUUUUUAUUUGACGAUAAUAUAAGUCUAAAUGCAAACUCAAAAAAUCAUCAAACAAAUGAAACAAAUUUAAACAAUCCACCAAUUUUAGAUGAAAAGUUCCAUGAUAUCGAAAAUAAAAGUAUAAAUCAAAAUGAUAGUAAUACAAAUAAUUCAUCAUAUAAUAACCACAUGUCAGAAACUGUUCCAAAUCAUAUAAACGAUUUAAAUAAUGACAAAAAUAAAGAUAAACAGUUAAUUAAUACUACGAUUUCUUUUAUUGAUCGUCCAAAUACAUUUAUGUUAGAUGACAAUAUACUAAAUAACAUAGAUAUCAUAUAUGAUGGAGACAGCAAAAUGUCGUUAUAUAAUUAUUAUAAACCAAUACACUAUUCUAUUCUGUUGAAUCAUCUUCUAUAUCAAUUUACAUUUUUUAAUGGUCAUAUAAAAUAUAUAUGGGAAUUAUAUGAUAAAGUUAAAAAAAAAAUUAUAAAUGUAAAAGAAGAGUGUGUAGAUAAGAGGAAAAAAUUAGCACAAAAAAUAGACCAAUUACAGGACGUCGUUUAUAAUUAUGAAAAUAAAUCAUAUCAAAAUGAUUAUAACAGCUUAAAACCAAUAACAACUGAAUUUAUUCGUUGUAUGAAUGAUAAAUUCAAAUCAGUUUCCUACAGUAUCUCCCAAAUGAGUAACUACGCUGAUUACGUAUAUAAGUAUGGAAAAUUGGGGCAUCAUCAUUACAUGAACGAUAAUUAUUUAAUUCGUCAUAAAAUAGUUACAACACAAUUUGAAAAUAAACUACAUCAAAUUAAAAAGUCAGAUAUUCUGAAAUCAGGUAACUAUGUGAAAUUCAUAGAUAAAGUAAUAGAUAUUGCAAAAAAAGACGAAGAAUUAAAGAAUGUUAUAGAUACACUUAAUUUCAUUAAAAAAUACAUUGAAGAUAUAACAAAAAAAUUUAAAUUUUACUUAAACAAAUGCAAUGGGGCACAAAGUCAAUUAAUUGAAAUUGAAAUGAAAGCUAAAAAAAAUAAAUAUACUAGAUAUGAAGUCAUAAAUAAAAUACAAUCUUUAGCAAAUGUUUAUGGUCAUUUUAAUGUAAAUUAUGAAAAUAUGAUUGAUCUAGAAACUGUAUAUAAUAAUAAAAUUCAAGCAUUUAAAAAUGUUCUUAAUUUUAUACCACAUAUUUUAAUUGGAAAAGUAGAUACAUGUACAAACCAUGUGGUUCCAAACGAUAAUUAUGAUUUCAAAAUAAUAAAGCCUAUAUCUAUAUUAAAUAAAUUAGAAGAUGUUUUUUUUCAAGCAUUUGGUUUUAAUUUCAGUGAAAAAUAUGACAGUGAAACUUUAAAAACAUCUAAUAGUGAAAUUAACCAUAUAAUAUCAGAAACAAUAAAUAGUAUGAAAACGUUAAGGGAUUUAAUUAAAGACAUGAAAGAUACAUAUAAAACAGAUAAUACAAGACAGCAUAUCGAAAAUACAAUUAAACAACUAACUAUUAAUGUGGAUUUAAAUCAAGAAGAAAAUGGAUUUACAAAAGCAAUAGACGAAGCUAAAAAAUGGAGAUCUUUAAAAAUCGCUACUAAAAAAAUAUUAGACGAAGAAUUUAAAACUGUUCUUAGUUUGGAAGCGAAAAUUAAAGAUUUAUGCAAACAAUUUACAGAUAAACUUAAGAAUUUACAAUAUAUGAAAGAAUAUAAAGACGUGCUAAUAAAAAAGUAUAUUAUAUUGGAAACUCCCACAAGUAUUUAA